CACUUAUUAACUCGGGUUCACCUUUAAGCGGCCGCUGCGGUGCGUGGGGCCUCAGCCACCGUCAGCCCCGCGGAGCUCCGUUCCGGGGGAAGGCCGGCCUUGAGGCCGCCCCUUCCCUGCCCGGCCGGGCUCGUCAUGGCCGCCCCCUGCUUCUUGGGAUGGGAUUUCAGCACGCAGCAGCUGAAAGUCAUUGCUAUUGAUGAACAUCUGAGAGUCAUUUAUGAGGAUAAUGUUAAUUUUGAUAAAGACCUUCCGGAAUUUAAGACUCAAGGUGGAGCCCAUGUUCACAGUGACAGACUGACAGUCACUUCUCCUGUGCUAAUGUGGGUCAAGGCUCUGGAUAUGAUUUUGGAAAAGAUGAAGUCUUCGGGCUUUAACUUCUCUCAAGUCAGAGCUUUGUCUGGGGCUGGCCAGCAACAUGGAAGUGUGUAUUGGAAGAAAGGAAGCAUCCAAAUCUUAAAGAAUGUAUCACCUGAGCUGCCUCUACAUCAAUCACUGAAGGCUUGUUUUGCUGUCAGUAACAGCCCCAUCUGGAUGGAUUCUAGCACAGCUUCCCAGUGCAGCGCUCUGGAGAAUGCCGUGGGAGGAGCACAGCACUUAGCAAAUAUCACUGGUUCUCGAGCCUAUGAGCGUUUUACAGGAAACCAGAUAGCAAAGAUUCACAACCAGAAUCCCGAGGUCUACGCGCAAACUGAGAGGAUCUCUUUGGUUAGUAGCUUUGCAGCUUCCCUUUUCCUAGGAGCUUAUGCACCCAUUGAUUACAGUGAUGGUUCUGGUAUGAAUCUGCUGCAAAUUUGGGAAAAGGUAUGGUCAGUGUCCUGCCUUGAUGCGUGUGCACCAGGAUUAGUGGAGAAACUGGGGAACCCUGUGCCAUCCCAUUCAGUUCUGGGAUCCAUUUCUCCAUAUUAUAUUCAGCGUUAUGAGUUUAGCCCAGACUGUCAAAUAGUAGCCUUUACAGGAGACAAUCCAGCAUCGUUGGCAGGGAUGAGGCUUCAAGAAGGAGAUAUUGCCAUUAGCCUUGGCACAAGUGACACAUUGUUUCUGUGGAUCCAGGAACCAACUCCAGCCCUAGAAGGUCAUAUCCUCUGCAAUCCUGUUGAUUCUCAAACGUACAUGGCACUUUUAUGUUUUAAGAAUGGCUCUCUGAUGAGAGAGAGGAUCCGAGAUGAGUGUGCUUCAGGCUCCUGGGAUGAAUUCUCCAAUGCCUUGUCAUCUACUGUUGCUGGAAACAAUGGAAACUUGGGUUUCUACUUUGACGUGAUGGAAAUCACUCCUGAAGCAGUUGGGAUUCACAGAUUCAACAGUGACAACCAAAAGGUUUUGAACUUUCCAAAGGAGGUGGAAGUACGAGCCUUGAUUGAAGGACAGUUCAUGGCCAAGAGGAUUCAUGCUGAAAAGCUGGGGUAUAAAGUCAUGCCCAAAACAAGGAUUUUGGCUACUGGUGGAGCAUCCCAUAAUAAAAACAUACUGCAGGUCCUGUCUGAUGUGUUCAAUGCACCAGUGUACACUAUCGAUACUGCCAACUCUGCUUGUUUAGGAAGUGCUUACAGAGCAAUUCACGGACUUGUAGCUGAGACAAAUGUGCCCUUGGCUGAUGUUGUGAAAUUAGCACCAGAGCCCAGAUUGGCUGUUACACCAACUGCUGGGGCUGAGGAGGUGCUCAUCAGCCCUGGGAAAUGUCACUUGUCCUCAGAUCUCAGAUGUGGCCCAAGGAGGAUGAAAUUAGAAAAACCAGAAGUGAGGUGAAACUGGUGAGGGAGUGAAGGCUAAGAAUAAGGAUUCCUAUUGGAGGACAGAAGAAGAAAUGGUUCAUUUUGAAAAUGUGCUGUAAUAGACACUUCAAACUUACUUAUCUUUUCACUCAUGCCAGCUUGGAUGAACCUGGGUAGAAAACUGAAGUGAAGGAAAGACCUCAGCCUCUCGCAGCUCUGGCAACAGUCACCAGUGCCCUCCUGAGGCUGAGCUCUUGGGGAGCACCUUGACCCCAAGCCAAGGGCUGGAUGUGACUGCUACAUCGCUGUUUUAGGGAUCCCGAACAUUGUAAGCGCUCUAUUUCCUAAAACAAACAAAAUUGCUGCUCUUCUCUGCCAUUAAGAGGCACCUGGGAGGCAUCCAAGUCAGCCUGUAGUUUGGGGAAUGAGUCUGCUCUCUUUCCUGGGAUAUUACGGUCUGCAACUCAGGAGGAGUUCAUGGAGCACGCCAUAUUCCUGACUAGCCAGGAGUGUUCUAUCAGCGCAGUGUAGGCCUGAUGUCACAUUAAGGAUAAAAGCUUUCCAGCCAGCAGCCGGGAUGCUGUGAAGUUCCCUCAAUGAAAGACCACAGAACGCCUUGGGGUUCUUGGAAGAUGGGUUUUGUAUGCAGCACAUCCCACAUCUCAGUGUUGUUCUCCAGAGCUGUUUGCUAGCAAAUUGCCAGGAUUUGAAAUUCAGGUAGGUUGCAGGAUGAAAAAAUAUCCUUCCCCACAUUGCUAUGACCUUUUUGGCAGUUUAUUUGUUAAAGGCAUUACUGCUCCCCUUGGGAAUGGUCCCUUCCUCUGUUUUAUGCUCUGAGGAUGUGGCUCUUUUCAUGUUUAUCUUUGAUUCAAGCAUUGUAAAGAGCAAUCCCUCGCACUUAUGCGCUUCAUUGUAUUCUGGCCAUGAGAGAUUCUCCCCCACUGUUUGUAGCCUUUUUUCAGUGCAGCUAGUAAAAUAUUUGAACAGAAAAAAAAAAAAAAGAAAGAAAGAAAGAAAAGAAAAAGAGACACUAAACAGCUUCCAGCAUUUAGAGGAUAAAAUGAGAUGUAAGGAAAAGGACGACUGUGGCUAAUGCACAGGGCUGGGAGGCCUCAGAUGGACCAUGGCCUCUCUUUGCUUCUCUUCUGACUUCCUCUGUGACUUUGUCUAAGUUAUUUGACCUCCUCCUGCUGUAGCUCUGGGGUCUUAAACACACACUGUCUUUUCCGCUUGGAAAACCCAUGCUUGCUGUCCCCAGAGAGCAGAGCUCAGUGUUGCCCCUCCGCUCCCUGUGAGGAGCUCUAUGGCCAUGAGUCCUCCCCUCAGCCUGCUCUGCUCUGUGCCCAGCAAACCCAGGGCCCUCAGUCGCCCCUCACACCCCUUGCCUUCCCAUGUGAACGCAUGUCAGCAUGAGUACAGCCUGGUUUUCUUCCUGGAUUCCAGAUGACACGUGGAAGCUGAUUUGCACAUGAUGGAUGCAAACCAAUGGCUCAACAACUGAAAAAUAAAUUAAAUUUCAGUGGGUUACAGCAGGUAAGCUGGAAUCAAAGGAUCCUAAGGCUGGUUAUGGGGGGGAGGGGUGAAUGGGACACCUCCAGUGGGCAAGGGUCUGUUGUAGUUCAGAUAAGCCCUCACAAUUCAGAGUUUUCUUAAAUUUCUGGGGCAUAAUGGCACAGCUGGUGACAGAGCACCAAGUGAAUAUUCGACAUAAAUAAACCAAUGAUCCUAUGUGGGAGAAGGGCAGAGGGAGCCUGUGAAUUAAUGAUCAGCUUUUAAUUUGUCCUUUCAUUGGAAUCAAUGAAAAUGUCAGGAUGAUUGAGGUUUAUGUGCUCAUGGGAAAGAUGUGAGCCCAAGAGAAAGAGAUCAAGGCUAUUUUUUAAUAUAUUUAUUUCACCGAGGAAGAUGCUUCCCUUCAUCUCUAAUACCAGAGAAGGAUUUGCUAUGGGUGAAUUCCUGAGAAAGCCUGGGCAGCGGGUAUUGGAACAGGCUGCCCAGGGAGGUGGUGGAAUCACCAUCCCUGGGGGUGUCCAAGAACUGUGUAGAUGUGGCACAGAGGGACAUGGUCAGUGGGCACGGUGGGAUGUGUUGAUGGUUGGACUAGCUGACCUUAAAGGUCUUUUCCAACCUUUGUGAUUCUGUGAUUCUGUGAUUCAUUCAGGUCUCAGCAGAGCCCUCAAACCCACCAUCCUCGAGGUGUGGGCUGCUGGGUGCCCUUGGGCACAGGGUUCAUCCUACCUGGUGCUGGUUUUUCUCGCUGUGGGCAUAUCCUGUUCGCUCGCCCCAGUGCCAGAUUUGCUCUGGGAAGUGCAGGGCUAUUCAGGAUGGCAGCAGAACAAUGAGAGCCUCAAGAUCCUGGUUUGAAAAGGGUGGAUCCCGCUGGUGGAUGUGAGAAGUUGGCACUAAUGUCCUGGAGGCAGAACCGCCUUUGGAUCAUGACUGCUGGAAACACUGCUGGUUGAUCACCUGAAAUGGGCACCUCCGUCCUUUUCUUCAGCCAAAAAAGGGGUUUCUGUGUCCCCGCAAUGCUCAGACAUACAAACCUCCUGCUUUAGCCACACAGUGCUUGUAGCAAUGCUGUUAGUAAAGUAGUCAAGUGAGCGGGCAAGGGUUUAGCUGUCUACAGGAGGCAGCAGGGACAUGCGAGGGAAACAGUGGCCUGGGGUGGUGGAUUUCAUUUGCAUGUUGCCUGUGUCUUGAUGGAGGCUUCAGGCAGCCCCUUGGCACUGAGAAAGUGUCUGCAAACUGCCAGGAAUGCUUUGGCCUAAUUAAAUAUUCAUGGUGACAAAAUGCCACGAGCACAGGGGAGUUUUCAGCGAUUGCUUCACCCCAGCUAGCAGACACCCUACUUAUUCCAGCAGGGCUCCUGUGACGUGUUCCCACCCUUCCUCUGCACUCACCUGCUCACCUUGCUCUGCACCAAAACCAGGGCAAGGAUGAGCUGGGCUUUUGCAUCUCACAUCUGCUUUAUCUCAGGGCAUCAAUCCCCCAAAUAUUUUUGUCUUUGAGGGACCUGGUGUUGCAGCCCAUGCUCCGCUCUGUGGGUUCUGGAGUUGAGUUGAGGUCUUCUGCAGGUGGAUCACAGCCAGACUGUGACAUACAGCUCCUCUCUUCUGCACGUUGGCUCGGGCUGGCUUUUUGUUACAGAAAUGUUGUCAUUCCUGACACUUCCAGACAUGAGCAACGCAACCGCGUUCUUGCCAGCAAACACAGCCCUCAACAAGAGCCUUUGUGAUAACAUCAGCUCCGCUGCUGCUGCUUUGUUUUCAGCCUCCUCAGGAACUGACCUCAUAGUUUCCUAAUUUAGAGCUGGCGACACAGAGCACGGGGAACGUGCGUGCUCGACACCUGUGGUGAUGAUGCCAGCAGGACACCUUCCGGCAACCUGCCCUGAGCCAAAGCCGUGUUCCAGCGAGUGCUGAGCUUCCCUGGUAGCCCCAGCAGGCGUGGGUUUAACCCAAAUAAGGAUCAGCUAUCACACCGACCUGGAAACAGAAGGGAAGAAGUGAGAGUCGGGGUCCUGGCUUCCAGCUGCAUUUCUCAUUUAAGAACAUUUCUCUUUUGAGAUGAUAUGCUUUUCUUGCAGAAGGCAGAGAGCUGGAUUUCCACCUGAUCCCUCCCAGCAACAGGAUUUACAUUCCUAUUGAGAUGCUUGGGCUUUUUAGCUCCUUGUUGUUAUUACUCUCGCUGCUCUUGUUAGUGAGAUGUCCAACCCAGUGCUAAACUUGUAGAGCUGUACCUGCACAGUGAAUGGCAUGCAUGAAUCACAGAAUCAUAGAAUGGCUUUGGUUGGAAGAGACCUCAAAGACCAUCCAGCUCCAACCCCCUGCUGCGGGCAGGGUUUCUAGCCACUAGAUAGUGCUUUAUGUGAAAGCCUAGGCCCCAGAAAUACACCAGGGAGCUGAUUUUUAGUGGCUUUAACUUCCCAGCUGGUUAUUUAGCCACCUUCACCAGAAAGUUGUCUCAGUGAAAUGAGAACUCGCCCACAUUCAGGAUAAACUCACAGUUCUUUUUUUUUUUUUUUUUUUUUUUUUUUUUAGUUUUGGAAAAUGUCGCGCUGUCUCUGGUGGUGGAUGUGUGUGUGUGUUUUAUUUUCUGUGUGUGGCAUCCCUGCAUAUGUCUUGGAUUGCUUCAGAAGCUGUAAUAGCAAAACAAGCUUUUCUUUAUUCAAAAAUAGAAAUGGAGUGAUCAAACAGCUCAGACUAGGACUAUGCGUAAUGCUUUAUUUUUUUAACCAAUUAUUUAGUACUUAUCAAUAACAAUAACUAUUAUUACCACGACUCUUUAUACUCUGGCUUUUCUCAUCACUCCUUAGAGUUUCUAUAUUUGCAAAACAUUGUGAAAGCCCAUUCCUGUUUGUUUUCCGCCCAGUGAGGAUGUUGUAAAUUCUGCCACAAUCUGCCUGGAGGUUUUUGUAAGACAAAGACAGCAGUUGGUGCAGUGCACUGGAAGGCCACAUCCCUGCACAGUUCUGGUACUGGGGAUGCUGCAGUGAGGCACAGAGUUUGCUUUCAUGCUGUCGCCUCAGUGGAGAUGUGCAUUUUGUUCAUGCUCAAUUACUGGGGAGCGUCCGUACGUCCUUCAGGUGAAUAUCACAGGGAUGCUCUGAAUUUUGGGUGAGGAGUGCUGGUACUUGCAAAUAUAGCGUAGUGGGAUUGGUUGGCUUGAGCAAGGGGAACCUAAGACCUAAGGGACAGUAGUUGGUAGCAGAGUGCAGCUUCAGUGGAAGUCCUGCAAGAAAGAAGGGAAUCUGCAUAAACCCAUCUCCUUGUCUGAAUUCAGGCUAGAAAUCAUUCUAGGCAACUAGUUUUGUUGCAACUGCACUGAUAUUUGAGUUGGGAAAGAGGAAAAAAAAAACCUAACUAAAAGUUGUCAGGCUCUGUUUUCUUGGAUGGGGCUUUGCUGAUCUUUCAAGUGGAUUUUCCACCCCUGAAUUUGGCACAGUUAGCACAACAGAAGCAAAGAUGAUACAUAUGUUUUAUAACAGUAAUGCACGUAGUGAGUUUAAAGUCAGUUUAUCAAUGUCUCUCCUCCUUUCUCUCUUUUUCUAUAUUUUCUAUUGUUCUCCAUAUGAGUCCUGCAGCCUCAGCUGAGGAACUCGAUGUCAUUUUGUUGAGGGAACAGCAAUGACAUUUUCUUUGCACAGGACUGACAUUCUUGCAUUUCUGGUGUCCAGGAGAAAAUGACAGCCAGGCAGUUUCUUUCCUGCACAUCACUUCUCAAAUCCUGGCAGUGCCCAUAAGAGCAUUCAUUUAGAAGAAAAUUCACUUUCAGAGGGGAAUUGCCUCAGCUAAGCCUAAUUACAAGGAGCAGAAUGCAUGGCACACUUGGAUAUAAUGGAGACCUCUUGAAGAACAAUAUCUUCUGCUCCCCUAAAGGUGCUGGCCACUGCAGUGGAUGUGUCAUGGGGCAUGAUAGCUGUGGGCAUUCACAUCUUCAAGCAUCCAAUACCAAAAAGGUUUAUAGUGCCCUAUAUUUCUACAUUGGAUGAAGUCAUGCAGCUCGCAGCCAGAGAGUUCAAAACCGCAGAGGGGGAAAGGCUGUCCUAUGCACAGGUCUUGCUUUAGCAUCUUAAAAGUGAAUGUUGUCCCCAUGAAUACAAAGUCUGUUUGUGAAGCAUAAACCCAAGAGUGGACCACUCUGGCUUGGUACAUCAGCAACUUCUGGGAUGGCAUUAAAAAGGAAACAGCACAGGUUUUGGUUGUUGGCUGUUAUUCCCUCAGUGUUUUCUACUGAAUUCCAUGAUGCCAAGCCAAGUUACUUCUACCCAAACUGAAUCCAUCUAAUUUUUUCCCCUCACCUCUUAUGUUCGCGCUUGAUGUAUUAUGUCUGGAAGCAAACAGUUAGAAUAAGAUGCAUUUGCUAGAUUGUGUCUUUUCAUUAUCCAGACAGAAGGAAAAGGCAGUUGACAAAGUUUCAGCAGACGGUGCAUAGUUGUUGUUUAUGUUAAACAAAACGAGAAUGUGCAGCAUUCGGGUGUAUAAACAGCAUGACAGCAAUAAGCAUAAAACAUAAGAUUGGAAGCAGAUUUUACUUUCAGGCCUUGGGGAGCAGAUGGAUCUGAGAUCAUUGUGCAUUUGCGUACAACUCCAAGACCUAUAGAAACUCAUUUAUUCCCCAUGUCGAGGCAUUUCACAGGAGUCAAAUGUAGCACGGCUGCAAAUGGAUGCAGCUCCACUGAACAUAAUGGGCUGGACCCAAGCACCUAGAUCUGUCUCUUAAAUUGCUCCAGCAGCACUAAGGGGAUGGAAAGCUGCUUUAGUCUUGCAGUCAGAGAUUGCCUUGUCAUCUUAAUGUUCAGGUGGCAUAAAGAUGAGGCAGCCCCUAUUUGCAUCUGCUCUGUGUGCAGGCUGGAGGCAGCUGAGUGGGAAAGGAGCUGCGGCCAGUGGAGGCUGCUCUUCUGAACUGGCACAGAGGCUGGCUUCCUCCCCUUACAUAAGAUAUAUGCCAUAUAUACAUAAAUACGUACACGCAUACACAUAGAUAUGUAUAUAAAGAAUACAUAUUGAUAAGUGAAGGCUCAUUAAGAGUGGUGAGGCACUGGCACAGGCUGCCCAAAGAUGUGGUGGAUACUCCAUUCUUGGAGAUGUUCGAGGUCAGGCUGGACAGGGUUCUGAUUGAGCUGUCAGUGUCCCUGUUCACUGCAGGGAGGUUGGCCUAGAUGGCCUUUGAGGGUCCCUUCCAACUGAAACAAUUCUACAAUUCUAUGAUUCUAAUUUUUUCUCAUUCGCUCUUUUCUUACCCCAUCCCUGAGUUUGCACCAAGCUGAGCACAGCUGGCAGUGGAGAGGUGGCUCGUGUGAUGGAGUUGGGCCUGUUUGUACCCGCGUGCUUCAGAACCGAUGCUGGAGGACAGAGCAGCACUCAAGCCCACUCUCUGUACAAUGGUAGAGACGGAGACAUCAUUUCUCAGUUUCAGAGGGCCAACUGGAUCACUUCAAAGGCUGCCCUGAUUCAACACUUGCGGAGGCAGGAGCACACAGGUUGCCCAUUGUGUAUGGCCCCGAUUCCCUGGCAGAACUGCGUCACUGAAGUGAAGGACAUAAUGAGGGAUUUCAGUCCCAAGCAGAGACCAUCCAAGCAGGUGGGAAAGCGAUGGGCCAGCGUCCAACCUUCAGAGCACAGACCAAAGAGAAGCUGUUUUAAAUAGCAACAAUGGCUCUAAUCCCCCGGCAGGAUGGAGAGAUGCAGAUUGGUAAAGGGAAGAAAGGGCAGAAAAUAGCAACCGCAGAAAGUGUGUGUAUGUGAGAAUCCCUUUCAGGAUGCAUUAAUGGGAUGCAGUGAAUAGGAAGAAGAGACCCCAGAGCGUGUUUAAAACAGAUUCCUGGUAUAAUAUGAACCACUGUAAUAAAGUGCUGUACAAAAGAAAUAAUAAAAAUAUAUCACUGUA